UCAAACUCAUUUAUCAAAAAUUAAAGAUUUAAAAUAUAAUAUUAUAUAUUUUACACGUUAUACUGAUCCAAUGUACCAUUGUUUAAAACCUUAAACGGCGUCGACGCCGUUGAUUCAAGCAAAAACCGCUCUCUUCCCCCUUCCCUCGGCUCGCCCACAGUGUUCUGUCCAAUCCCGUAGGCUUUGACCACAGUUGACUCUCCGCUGUCUGUCUCAUCCAUGCCAUACGGUUUUGCCUACCCGCCUGUAUAUAUGAACGGCCGCUCCUCCGUAUCUCCUCCGAUAUCAUCAAUUGAGGGGAAGAAUAAGGAAUAGGAUUGAAAUGACAACUUUGCCUUCUUCGAUUCCCAAACCUUGCUGCUUGGGCGGUACGAGGAUGCUGCUGAGAGUGUCGGCGACUGCGCGGCCGGCGCAGACCAAGUCGGCCACCAUGUACGAGCUGCUGUCGGUGGAGAAGACGGCGGGGCCGGAGGAGAUCAAGGCGGCGUACCGGGUGCAGGCGCGGCGGUGGCAUCCGGACACGUGCCGGACGGCGGUGGACAAGGCCUACUUCGCCGAGCGUUUCAUGCGAGCACGGGAGGCCUACGAGGUUCUCUCCGACCCGUCGCGCCGCCGGGACUACGACGUCUCGCUCCUUCGGGCCGACGGAUGGGCCAUCGCCGUCGGUGGCGGGGUGGUCCUCCGUAAUGGCGGCGGCGCGUGGGGGUUCGGGGACUGGGUGAGCCAGCUGGAGGGGCUGAAGCGGCGGCGGAGCGGCGCUCGGCAGUGCGCCGGGGGGGAGGACGAGAGCUGGGGGAGUCGGAUGAGGAGGGCCCACGAUUGGAAGGCUUCCGAUUGAUGGUGUCUGCUUGGGUUUUCUCUUAGUGAGUAGUAGCAAAAGGAAUCAUAGGGCGUACCGUUAAAAAGUUCAAAUUUCGAAACAUCAUAUAUUAAUAUUUUAUCUUUUAAAUAAGAUUAGAUAAAAUUUUA